GUGGCGCGUGGCUGCGCGCGACACCGACGCGUCUAGCGCGAUCUCGGGAUGCUUGGGGUGAACCAGCCGAUCGACGUCAACCUGUUCAAGGUCAACGAGGGCUCCAUGACUGUCGUUGCCCUUCAUAUCGUCCCAACGACAUCCGGAAACAAAUUCGUGGGUAAGGUAUACCACUAUGGGAGGGUGUACCCAUAUACAGCAUGGCAGGCAACAAUCCAUAAGCUCCGCACUGAGCGGAAUUCCGCAACUGUGCUCAAGUGCCAGUCGUUUGUGAGUAGAUGCCUGGGCCUACAUAAUCUUUUUGCCGCAACCCAAUCGUCUUAUACAGGCGCGUGAUAGUGACUUGCGGCCAUUGUUCGCAUCAAGCUCUCAUACUCUAGCUGCUCUCAGAUACCAAUACACAAUAUCAAUUCCAACGGCAAAUAACCUCAGAUAUGGAUCCUCGUACAGUCGACUUGUCUGCAGCAGCGCAAGAUGCUUUCGCGACCUUUGUUGAGGACGAAUCCUUCUUCGCUCUCAGCUUUUACCUAGCAGGCAACAGUAAUAUCGAAGCUUGCGCGCCCAUCCGCGAGAACCAUGCAUCCUUCCAACUCGAGCUGAACCAGCUUGAAAGCAGUCUUGAUACGUCGAAGCCAGCGUACAUCAUUCUCCGCCGCGGUGACUCACUCACGUUCAUCACAUACGUGCCGUAUCGCGCGAAGGAUACCAUGCGAGACUUCCUCCUCCAUUACAGACACGAUGUUGUACGACAACUUGGUCCAACGCACAUCUCAAGCUCGAUAGUAUGCAAAGAGAUCGCAGAGAUUACAGAUGCUCGAUCGUGGGCAGAGCGAGAUGCCGCUGCUACCCUGAUAGACGAUAUAAGCAUUCAAGACAACAAUCUAGAAUCGUGUACGAGUGCCGCGCAUGCUGAAGACGCCCGAAGGGAUAUAGGAUAUAGGAAGAACAAAUGCCGGCUUUGUGAUCGCCGCAUGAAGAAUAACAUAUCGCCUGAAGCUCUUGCAGCGCUAAAGGUGCUCCAAGGCUCCGGAGCAGCCGUACAGAUCUCCGUCGACGGCACUACCGAGACUCUCAAGCUGAACUACAUCAAGAACGAACUAUCCCCAAAAGAUGUCGCAGCAACCCUACCAUCCGACAAGCCUAGUUUCACCUUCUACCGCCACCCCACCACUCAUCUACUCUACUUCAUCUUCCACUCGCCCGACCAUGCCACAGUGCAGCAACGCAUGAAGCAUACAAUGGCCAUACCGGGUCUGAUCAAUAUCCACGCUCAAGACCAAGGCGUGCAUGUAGACCAGAAGAUUGAGAUUCACGAUCCGGACGACUUGGUCUUUGGAGCCAAAGACGAGCGCAUUGGUAGGUUCAGGAGCGUGUAUCUAAGGAACGGGUUUGACGGGACGGAGAGCACGUAUGAUGGUCUGGAAGGCGACAAAGCUUUUUACGACGGGAUCAAGUAGCGCAUCUUUUAUACAUGACUUUUGUAGAUAUCACUCUCGUCGUUCACCUACCUCAAUUCUACCACACCCGUCU